AUGUCACAAGGUACUAAUGAUAUCACGUGGCAUCACGAGAUCACUACGAGGCGGUCAGUAGCCGCUACUCCUCACCGGGGAGGAGCCAAUCAAAUUGCCCGACGCGACCCAACGAACGGAUCAACAACGAACUUCCCCCUGUACAGCACAGACGCCUCCUCCUCCACAACAUUUCUGGUCAACUUUGUUUUCCUUUCCAUCUUCUCGUCCAUUCCUCCAUUCUUCAGACCGUCGCGUUUGUUGUUUGGGUUUCACUUUCCCCUCCUGAUUUUUUAG